GGCAGUCACACAUUGCAAUCCAACUUGAGAGCAUCAAUUGGAAUUAAAAAAGAAAUAAGAACUGCUUUUGAAUUGAUGCUCAAGGAGAGACGGGAUAAAUAAUAACAGGAGGAAAUUUUCUUUUGAAAUCCGCUUCUUUUGAAGGAAUCUUCUGCUUUUAAGCGUUUUGACUUGAGAGCCAUGAUGCUGCACGGCAUCUUUCUGUUGUCGCUGCUUUGGAGUUGUGAGGCUGCAAUAUUAGCAGAAACCCGUGAUGACAACAGUGUUUAUGACUUAUUCGAUCUGGUGCGGGUAGACAAGAGGCACAACGGCGUGACUUUGGUCAAAGGGGCUGACCCGUACAGCCCGGCAUAUAAAGUUCUGAAUGCAGAAUUGAUCCCGCCGGUCCCUGACAACUCCUUCGGGGACCUCAUCGACUCCAUCCAGCUGGAGAGGGGUUUCAUCCUCUUAGUCAACCUGAAACAAUCCAAGAGGAACAGAGGAAGCCUCUUGACCAUUGAGAAGAAAGACGGCUCAGGUCCCGUGUUGGAGAUCAUCUCCAACGGCAAGGCCAAUACUUUGGACGUCUUCUACUCCACCGGCAACCACCAGCAGCUGGUGUCCAUCGAGGAGGCUCACUUAGCCACGGGGCACUGGAAGAACAUCACGCUCUUCUUCCAGGAUGACCGUGUGAAGCUCUUGGUGGGCUGCGAUGAAAUCAACGUGUCCGAGAUGGACGAGCCCAUCCAGAAAGUAUUGUCCGCGGAGCUGGCGGACAUCGCCAGGCUCAGGAUUGCGAAGGGAGCAACUCGGGAUAAAUUUAUGGGAGUGCUUCAGAAUGUGAGAUUCGUCUUUGGGACAUCCCUGGAGACCAUUCUGAGAAAUAAGGGAUGCGAAAAUGGAGCUGCCUUAACUGACGUCCUGACUCUGGACAACCCAAUGAACGGCUCCAGCCCCGCCAUCAGGACCGACUACACUGGCCACAAAACCAAAGAUCUACAAGCCCACUGCGGCUACUCUUGCGAGGAAAUCGCAGGCCUGUUCAAGGAACUCCGAGGACUCGGUGUGGUGGUGAAGCACGUGACCAACGAGCUGCGUAAAGUGUCUGAGGUCAGCGCCAAGAUUCAAGAUCAAAUCAAGAAUCACAGUAGUGUUUGCAUCCACAACGGGAUUGUGCACAAUGAUCGAGACGAGUGGACUGUGGACGACUGCACCGAGUGUACCUGCCAGAACUCUGCCACUGUGUGCCGAAAAAUCUCCUGUCCUCUGAUUCCCUGCACCAAUGGCACCGUUCCAGAAGGAGAGUGCUGCCCCAGAUGUGGAAAUCCAAGUGACUCUGCUGAAGACGACUGGUCCCCUUGGUCUCAGUGGACCCGUUGUUCCGUGACUUGUGGUCGAGGAAUCCAGCAGCGUGGGCGCUCUUGCGAUCGCAUCAACAGUAACUGCGAGGGCACCUCAGUCCAAACCCGAGACUGCUUCCCUCAAGAAUGUGACAAACGAUUCAAACAAGAUGGAGGGUGGAGCCAUUGGUCUCCUUGGUCUUCAUGCUCUGUGACCUGUGGAGAAGGUGUCAUCACACGUAUACGUCUCUGCAACUCUCCAACACCCCAGAUGGGCGGCAUGGACUGCCAGGGAGAAGGACGCCAAACUGAAAUCUGCCACAAGUCACCCUGUCCUAUCAAUGGCGGUUGGGGACCUUGGUCACCAUGGGACACGUGCACCGUGACAUGCAACGGAGGAAUCCAGAACCGUAAACGUCUCUGCUCCGAUCCCGUUCCCAAAUACGGGGGCAAGGACUGCGUUGGUGACGCCACCAUGUCUCAAGUGUGCAACAAACAGGACUGUCCCAUUGAUGGUUGCCUUUCCAACCCAUGCUUCUCUGGCGCCAAGUGCAUGAGCUUCCCCGAUGGCUCGUUCAAAUGCGGCAGGUGUCCGAUCGGCUACAAAGGCGACGGCAUCACCUGCAAAGACAUCGAUGAGUGCAAGGAGGUCCCCGAUGCUUGCUAUACAUACAACGGAGUCCAUCGUUGUGAGAACACAGAUCCAGGUUACAACUGCCAGCCGUGUCCAGCUCGUUACUCUGGUUCUCAACCCUUUGGAAGAGGAGUGGAGCAAGCGACGGCGAAAAAACAGGUUUGCAAACCACGUAACCCAUGCCAGGACGGUAGCCACAACUGCAACAAAAACGCCAACUGUAUUUAUUUGGGCGUCUUCUCCGAGUCCAUGUUCCGCUGUGAGUGCAAGCCAGGCUAUGCUGGCAAUGGUUAUAUUUGUGGAGAGGAUACUGACCUGGAUGGGUGGCCCAACUCGGACUUGUUAUGCGUGGCGAAUGCCACCUACCACUGCAAGAAGGAUAACUGCCCCAACCUUCCCAAUUCUGGUCAGGAAGAUUAUGACAAGGAUGGCCGUGGUGAUGAAUGUGACCACGAUGAUGACAAUGAUGGUAUCCCUGAUGAUAGGGACAACUGCCCGAGAGUGUACAACCCUGCUCAGUAUGACGCCGACAGGGAUGAUGUUGGUGACACAUGUGACAACUGUAUUUUCGAGUCAAACACUGACCAGACCGACACGGACAAUAACGGAGAGGGGGAUGCCUGCGCUGUGGAUAUUGACGGUGAUGGCGUUCUGAAUGAGAACGACAACUGCCCAUAUGUUUAUAAUGUGGAUCAGAGGGAUACGGAUCGGGACGGUGUGGGAGACCACUGCGAUAACUGCCCCCUCGAGCAUAACCCCGAUCAGACUGACUCAGAUUCGGAUCUUGUGGGAGACAAGUGUGACAACAACCAGGACAUUGAUGAGGAUGGCCAUCAGAACAAUUUGGACAACUGCCCGUACAUACCAAACGCCAACCAGGCUGAUCACGACAAAGACGGCAAGGGUGAUGCCUGUGACCACGAUGACGAUAACGACGGCAUUCCCGAUGACAAAGACAAUUGCAGGCUGGCCUUCAACCCCGAUCAGUUGGACUCUGAUGGUGAUGGCCGAGGCGAUGUGUGCAAAGACGAUUUCGACCAAGACAACAUCCUGGAUAUUUAUGACGUUUGCCCGGAGAACUUUGCCAUCAGUGAAACCGACUUCCGCCGUUUCCAGAUGGUUCCUCUUGAUCCUAAAGGCACUUCUCAGAUUGAUCCGAACUGGGUGGUCAGACAUCAGGGCAAGGAGUUGGUGCAGACUGUCAACUGUGACCCAGGCAUCGCCGUUGGUUUUGAUGAGUUCAGCGCCGUCGACUUCAGCGGGACCUUCUUCGUUAACACAGACCGAGACGACGACUACGCCGGUUUUGUGUUUGGCUACCAGUCAAGUUCUCGAUUCUACACAGUCAUGUGGAAGCAGAUCACACAGACCUAUUGGUCUCACACUCCCACACGGGCUCAAGGCUACUCUGGCCUUUCCAUCAAAGUGGUCAACUCUACCACCGGUCCUGGUGAGCACCUGAGGAACGCACUGUGGCACACCGGAGACACACCCGGACAGGUUCGUACUCUGUGGCACGACCCAAAGAACAUCGGCUGGAAGGACUUCACCGCCUACAGAUGGCACCUUGUCCAUAGACCAAAGAGUGGGCUUAUUAGAGUUGUGAUGUACGAGGGCAAGAGAAUCAUGGCAGACUCUGGAAACAUCUUUGACAAAACCUAUGCCGGAGGGCGACUAGGGUUGUACGUCUUCUCUCAGGAGAUGGUGUACUUCUCUGAUCUUAAAUAUGAAUGUAGAGAUUCGUAAUGCAAUGAAGACACAACCCUAGCUGAAGGACGUCUUCCAAUUUGACGAUACAAUCCGGGCAAUGCACGUUGGAGGAAUGAUGAGCAUGUGGUAGCGUGAGGUAACAUGACCUCAGGACUUUGAAAGCUAAAUGAAAGUUCAAUGAUAUAUCUGCACCAUAUUCAUAUUGUGAGCACAGCUCUGCUCCGAAAAAUUUGGCCCCUGCCUUUGCAGCCGAAAAAAGGGAGCCACAUUUAUUGCUUUGCACACCUGAACUUUGCUGGUAUCCCUCUGCGGAGGACGGAUCUAAGGGAAAUUCCUUCUUUUCAUAUUCGUUUCAUCCUCGAGCAUUAUUUGACAUCUGCUGUGGACUCAUUUUGAAGAAAGCAGUAGGAGAACUUUCUUUAGCUGAGGGAAUACUCCCUCUCGAAGGAGCCAUGGACGGUUUGGAAUGACUGUAAUGAUUGUGUGGUUUGAGUGAAUGUGUAUUAGCUCCCAAAAAAAGUGUUGUUUUUUUACCAUUCAGGUCAGUCACUCUUCCAAACAUAUUAUUCAAGGUCUUCUACGUAGGGAUGGCCAGUUAGAAGAAAUUCUCAGGUUAAGAGCACAAAAAGGAGAGUACAGGGCACAAAGAUUGUUUUUAGCCAAUGAUUGUUUUUUUAGGUACUAAAAAGAAGGGAGGGGCCUAAUUAUUGAUUGGUUGGUAAGAAUGCAGUGCACUGAUACAACCAGCAGAGGUGCUGUUCGGUUCCAACUGUCUGAAGGAGUCAAAUAUGAUGUCAGCUAGGGGAAGCUGAGCUACUUUGUUGCUAUGACAACUCCUCCAGCUAGCAUUAUUCUGCUAAUACAAGUUUAGAAUUUUCCCUUUUGAAAUAUUUAUAGUCCACAUGCAUGAGUGAUGUGCCUGAGCUUGAGUGUGAAUUUCUGACAAAGGAAAAAGAAAAGGAUAUCCUUUAAGUACAAUUAUUACCUCAUGGAUGGGUUUUUUUUGUAUUGAGGCCAGCGAUAGACAAACAAAUCAUUUUUCUUAGGACGAAUUGAAUGGCUUCAAUUUGUUUUUUUGCAAGACUGUACUAUCAGUCAUGUGCUGUAUAUAAGAUAUUUUUCUAGGGGAGAUGAAAAAAAAAGAAGCCCAAACAGGAAAACUUAA